AUGGCAUUUCCAGAUGUCUACAACACGUACCCAAACAAUGCACCAAUUGUGCUGGAUCAUCCGCCCUCAGGUCUUCCACGACCAGAAGUCGACCUGUCCCAUGUCACAUCCAACGUGUACAAAGUGGAAUCCGAGGAUCCGUUCACGCCGGUUCCUCAAACAGGGAAAUACAGAGGCCCUUGCAUCCCAGUGGGGUCUUUGAGCAAGUCUCCGAUGUCUGACAGCUACUAUCCUGCAGCUGAUAUUGCUGUGCUGGAAAAAAGUCGCUGGAUUCUUACAAACCCUCUCGACUACAGUGAUAACAUCCAAGUUUUUGUUCUACCAAGUGAUGUCCACGCAGCGUCAAUCCAAAUAAAAUCCAGACCCAAAUCCAAGAUUAAAGCUCUCAUGUCAAAGAUUGAUACCUCAUCUGAUGCAUGGAAUGGCUUGUCCGAUGCUCGCCCCACUCAACUGGGCAGUCUGCAAUUGAACCUUGAAGAAGAUGACGAAUCUCUUUGGUACAUUUUCAAUACUCUGCAGGACCCUAAUCCUGAUCCGAGUAGGAUGAAAAGUUUUCACUCCAGACAUGCAAUGGAGAUCCUGCUCGACGAAUCGGAUAACCCGGUUCAUGGCCUCAACACGGCGCUCUAUCCGUACCAACGGAGAUCGGCCGCUACGAUGGUUCAAAGGGAGGCUCAACCGGCGAUGACACUAGAUCCUAGGCUACAAGCCUUGCAGGGCCCGACUGGAAAGACAUUUUACUAUGACAAGGUUGAUGGGACGCUUCUCAAAGGGAAGAGAUUGUACUCUGAAGCUUGUGGAGGCAUCCUAGCAGAAAGCAUGGGUUGCGGCAAGACCCUGAUUUGUCUUGCUGUCAUUUUGGCCACACGUGGGCACUUCCCCAGCAUUCCCAUAGAGUACCAGACGCUUCAAAAUCCCAUCAGAAAGCAUACUGGAUCUCUCAUGCAGAUGGCCGCUGCAACUGCUGGUCGUUUCUCUGUACCCUGGAAGCUCUUCUUCGAAAGCCUUAGCCGGGAAGGAGAGUUCCACGAUAACUGUGUCAAGGCAUGCACGGAGGACUCGGGCUCGUAUACCAUACCGCCAGAUAUCACCAAGAACCCACCUCGCAAUAGCACAUCGACAUAUACCAGAGACCCCGCUCAGGAGAUCCGGCUUUGCUCUGGAACGAUCGUCAUUGUGCCGCCAAACAUGGUCGAUCAUUGGGAAAGCGAAAUCGCAACUCAUACUAGCGGCCUCAAAGUCGUGGCACUGCGAAAAAGCUCAGACAAAACACCAACAGUGAAUGAGCUUAUCGAUAUUGACCUCUUGCUGUUCUCCAGAAAUCGAUUUGAGCAAGAAGUACCAGAAAAGAAACACGUUCAGGCAAAACGGGGGAAGCCUGCGCAAGAAGACUCACCACUCCUGAGUCUUCACUGGCUCAGAGUCAUUGUGGACGAGGGACAUAACGUUGCAGGCCAGAAAACAAGACUGACGGAUAUGUUGAAACGUUUACACUUUGAACGUCGGUGGGUCAUCUCGGGAACCCCUUCUCCUGGGCUGUAUGGAGUCGAGGUCAGCCUUGCCUCCCAAGAAGCAGAUACCAGCGGCACUGAGUCACCCGGGGAAGCUACACAGGCUAUCCUGAAUAAGCGGAAGCGGACGGGCAAUGCCGUUGACAAUGAAAUGAAAGCCCUUGAUCACCUGCGUGAAAUGGUAAUCCAUUUCCUUGACCUAAGGCCUUGGUCGAGUUCCAGCCCCGGCGAUUCUGCCAAUUGGACAAACUACAUGAAGCCGAUCGGAGCAGAUGGAAAGCGCCGAAAAGCUCCUUCCCUCAGGCCGACGCUCCAAAGUCUAGUCGUCAGACAUCGGAAAGAUGUGGUGGACCAGGAAAAGCCUCUCCCAAAAUUAUACAACAAGGUGACUCUUCUGAAACCCACGUUCUACGACAAACUGUCCAUAAACAUGUUCCUUUUCUCCCUUGCUGUUAAUGCUAUUACAUCCGAGCGCGUUGGCCCGGAUUACAUGUUUGACACCAAGAACAGGAAGCACUUGAAUCAAGUCAUCGACAAUAUACGUCAGGCCGGCUUUUGGUGGGCGGGCUCUACACAAGCGUCAGACUCUAUCGACCUCGCCCGAAGAUAUCUGGAAACCAACCAAGACAAAAUGGCCCCAUCAGAUAGAGAGCUGUUGAUCAAUGGGAUCGGCAUCGCAACGAAAGCAAUUGAGUCCCCCAGCUGGCGAGGAUUCAAUAGCUUACAUGAGCUCGGUGUCUUUGUGGAAAAUUUCCCUGAGGAUUAUCGUGGCUCCUGGGCAGUCACAAGCGGCUCAUAUGAUAAUCCAUUGCUGAUGGGAAUCUCCCAGGCAUGCAAGGCCCAGGAGUUUGUAACGGAGCAUCUCCGCUCACCCGAUCCUGCAGAAGGUCUUUCGGGCGCCGGCAUAAAAGCUCGUGGUGAGCUGACACACCACGACGGUGCUCCGCCCAGGGGUGCCACCGACCCAACAAACACGCCGAUGGCCCAAAGACAGCUUGCUCAGACGGCCAAGCCGCCAAGCAACAAAGCACCCAAGAAGACAUUCGAAAAGAACCUUUUCCGCUCACUUUCGGAGAACUCUCCGCUCAAGCAAACUCGACUGGUCGGUAUAGCAUCAGCCAAGCUGCGAUAUUUGCUGGAUAGAGUGCUCGAAUUUCACAAGUCCGAAAAGGUCAUCAUCUUCUAUGAAGAUAGCAAUACCGCAUACUGGACCGCGCAAGGAUUGGAACUCAUCAAUGUGGAGUUCCGCAUCUACGCCAAUACGUUAAAACCACAGCUCCGAACUAAUUACCUCAAGAUCUUCCGCGAGUCAGAAGAAGUGCGUGUACUGCUGAUGGAUCUUGGCCAGGCCUCGCAUGGUCUUCAUAUCGCGCAGGCAUCGCGCGUGUUCAUCAUUAGUCCAAUUUGGAAACCGAAUAUCGAGAGCCAAGCCAUCAAGCGAGCCCACCGGAUCGGCCAAACAAGACCUGUCUAUGUAGAGACGCUCGUUUUGGAAAAUACUCUGGAGCAUCGCAUGCUCAGUCGACGCAAGGAGAUGUCCGAGGCGGAACUUCAGCUCGCGGAGAAGGGUCCGCUGGAGGACAAUACCAUGAGCGACAUUAUCCAGAAAGAGUCUUUCCUUCCUAUGGACGACGAGGCUGCCUCCGGUAUGGCGCGUCUAGAACUCCCGACAGGGUUCUUUGAUCGACACAAACUACCCAUUCCCGAUGACGAAGAAGUUGGACGUCCCAGUCCCAGGAAGCGUGGGUCACAGAAUGCCUUGGCCGGUGCACAAUUGGAUCCCGCUUCUGGCUCUGGAGGGGAGCCUGUGCCUAAGCGUCCUCGCGUUGGAUUUGCAGAGAAUGCGCCGAUCGUGAUAGAUGAAUCUUCGGAUUCAAUUCAGUCUGCACCUAUGGCCACUGCUUCUCCAGCCUUUAUACCUGUUCGACCUCGGGUUGGGUUUGCUGAAGAUGUGCAGAUCACGGACGGUCGCUCGUCCCCGUCCCCGACCAUCGACGGUGGUAGGGAAAAGCGAGUUUCCAUCUUUGGACCUUAG